AUGCGACACGCAAUCGUUCCAGCGGCGAUUGUCGCCUUGGCUGCAGGGGCUGUUAAUGCGGGAUUUGGUGUCACUUCAAAAUCCAGCUCGUACAGCGUCGACACAAACGGGGGCCUGGUGUUUGACGUCAGCAAGAGUAAUGGCGACAUCACCAACCUGCAGUUCAACGGCGUGCAGUACCAGGGAACGAACAAAAUGACUGCCAUCAACUCGGGUAUUGGUGCCUCCCAAGUCACGACCGAGACGAUCAACGGCUACGUCAAGAUCACCGUGACGGCCAAAUCGAUGCCCCUGACCCAGUACUACAUUGCAAAACCAAACGACGCGACCAUCUACAUGGCGACGUAUAUCACGGGCGAGGUGAGUCCGGGAGAGCUGCGGUGGCUUGCACGCCUGAAACGGUCCGCUGUGCCAAACGGAUGGCAUGGCGAUGUCGCCAAUCUCGACGGAUGCACCGCGUUCGAAGGCAAAGACACUUUCAAGUGCCCGAAUGGCCAGACCCGCUGUAAGAUGUACACGGCCGACCGGUUCAUCGAGGACCAAGUCCACGGCGUGACUGGAAAUAACAUCGGCAUCUGGCUAAUCAUGCCCGAUGUGGCGUACGAGACGUCUUCGGGUGGCCCGUUCAUGAGAGAUAUCAACUCCCAAAGCGGUGAUGACCAGGAGCUGUACUGGUACAUGAACAGCGGACAUGUGCGGACAGAGCCCUGGCGGUUUGGUCUCAUGGGUCCCUAUGCCAUGCGGUUCACCACUGGGGAGAGGCCGUCGGCCGAUCUCGACACGAGCUUCUUCGACAGUCUAUCGAUCCAGGGCUACUUGCCCAACGGCAAACGCGGGAGCGUGUCGGGCAAGGCAACCGGCGUCCCUGCAAACUUCCAGACGGUGCUGCACUGGUACAACAAUGCAUCGCAGUACUGGACAGUGGCCUCGGGUGGGGCAUACACUUCUCCGCUUAUGAAACCGGGCACCUACACGAUGAAGAUGUACCGCGGCGAGUACCCCGUAGCCCAGGACAGCGUCACCAUCACCGCCGGUGGCAAGGCAACAACAGACAUUGCGUCUUCGGACCCCAGCCCGUCGGUUAUCUGGCGCAUUGGAGACUUUGACGGCCAGCCGUUUGAGCUCAAGAAUGGCGACAAAUUCUUGAGGAUGCAUCCUUCCGACGUGCGGAUGGGGACUUGGGGAGCAAAGUAUACCGUGGGGAGCUCCUCGCCCAAGGACUUCCCCAUGGCUCUAUUCGCCAAGGAAGGGGGCGCUGCGACGGUCGCUUUCAGCGUUUCAGCUGGCCAGGCUGCCGUGGAGACGGUUCUGAGAGUCGGCACGACGCUGUCGUUCAAGGGCGGUCGGCCAUCGGUCAAGAUCAAUACCUGGCAGGGCAGAGACCCGGGUGCGCCGAAACUGAUUGACUCUCGUGGCGUCACACGCGGGGCAUACCGCGGGUACGGUGAAGUAUACACGUGGAAAGUGCCCGCUGGCACGCUUCGCGAGGGCUCAAACACGCUGACAGUUGACGUGUAUGGGUCGGGCGAUGCUAAUUUCCUGAGCGCCAACUACAUCGUUGACGCAAUCGAGCUGCAGGGCCCCAAGGGCGCGGACAGUCCUCGUUCCUGA